AUGAGCUGCGCAUGCGUCGCUCAGCCUUCCCUUACACAGCGGGCGAGGAGCAGCGAGAAGAUGAGGACUCUGUGCUUAUUUGCGCUGGUUGCAGUGCUGGGUCUGGUGGCAGGAGAGGAAGGGGCUCGACUACUAGCUUCCAAAUCCCUGCUGAACCGUUAUGCUGUAGAGGGCAGAGAUCUCACCCUGCAAUACAACAUCUACAAUGUGGGCACCAGUGCUGCACUGGAAGUGGAACUCUCUGAUGACUCCUUCCCUCCUGAGGAUUUUGGCAUUGUCUCUGGAAUGCUGAAUGUAAAAUGGGACCGCAUUGCUCCUGCCAGUAAUGUCUCUCAUACUGUAGUGCUGCGUCCCCUGAAGGCCGGCUACUUCAACUUCACAUCAGCCACUGUCAGUUACCUGGCCCAAGAAGGAGGGCAGGUUGUGGUUGGCUACACCAGCGCUCCUGGUCAGGGAGGUAUUCUGGCUCAGAGGGAGUUCGAUAGACGCUUCUCACCCCAUUAUCUGGACUGGGCUGCGUUUGGUGUGAUGACCCUGCCCUCCAUUGGUAUCCCUCUUCUUCUGUGGUAUUCCAGCAAGAGGAAAUAUGAUUCACCCAAGAGCAAAAAGAACUAAUAGUAAAAAUGGGUUAAUUACAUGUGGGUUUGAGCUAAAUUAGGUUUUGGGCUGAGGAACUUGAAAUGGUUAUUUUGGAGGAUAGGUUUUCAAUAUUACCCAUAUUGGGGGUAAAAAGAUCGGUCAUGCAAGUUUUUGGCAUGCCCUUUUUUUUUUUUUUCUUUUUUUUUUUUUGGACUGUGGAAAUUGUGGACAGCAGCAUUUUGCAACCUUCAGGACUGACCACAGCUGCCAACAGUUUGCCUGUAUUGUUCCACUUUUUUGCAUUAAUUGUUCAAAGGCAAAUUGCGUCUGGAGAACAUUGCUUCCUCUUCAUUUGCUGGUCUGAGAUUACCAGUGAAAAUAAACAAGUGGGUUUUACAAAAAAAAA